UUGAAUCCUUUCCGUUUCUACUUUCUAGCUCCCAUCUUCUUCCACUAUAUUUUCAGACGACCCUAAACAAAACAAAACAAAAAAAAAAAAAAGAAACCCGAAAAUAAUGAUGAGAUAGUUCGAUAAGGAGGAGAAAAAAAAGCAACUAAUUUCCAAUUAGAAAUCGUAGCCGUCUAUUUCGUUGACUAAGCGUGAAAAAGCAUCGAAAGCCAUUGUUGAGAGUUUUGAAAACCCUAACGACGUUAAGGAGAGGGAGAUAGUUAUUUUUGUUGUGAUGAUCGUGUUAAUACGAUGAUGAAUUCAGGAAACGGUAUUAUGACGCCGUCUUCUUCAUCGGGUCCUGCACAGUCACCGGGUUUGAAAACCUAUUUCAAAACCCCUGAAGGCCGUUAUAAACUUCAAUUCGAGAAAUCUCACCCUUCUGGUCUCCCUCAAUUCAAUCAUGGCAAAACCAUUACUCUGUGUCGGAGAACUAUUUCACUUUCUGCAUUAAGUUCUGUAACACUGGCACAUCUUAAGGAGAAGCCAGCGCCUUCAACUCCGACUGCUUCGUCUUCAAGUUUUAGUGCUAGCAGUGGGGUACGGUCGGCCGCAGCUAGAUUGUUAGGAGGAGGAAGCAAUGGAAGCCGGGCACUUAGUUUUGUUGGUGGAAACGGUAGUAGCAAAAGCAAUGGAGGAAAUGGUAGGAUUGGUUUGACUGGUGCCUCGAGUUCGAGUAGUUCGGUGGCUAAUCCAAAUUUUGAUGGGAAAGGAUCAUACUUGGUCUUCAAUGCUGGGGAUGCAAUUUUGAUAAGUGAUUUGAAUUCUCAAGACAAGGACCCCAUAAAGUCUAUUCACUUCAGUAAUGCGAAUCCUGUGUGCCACGCAUUUGAUCAGGAGUCUAAGGACGGCCAUGAUUUGCUCAUAGGCUUGUUCUCUGGCGAUGUCUACUCAGUAUCACUGAGACAACAAUUACAGGAUGUUGGUAAAAAGAUUGUUGGGGCCCACCAUUACAACAAAGAUGGUAUUCUCAACAGCAGUCGUUGUACUUGUAUUUCUUGGGUGCCUGGAGGUGAUGGUGCUUUUAUUGUUGCUCAUGCUGAUGGGAAUUUGUACGUAUAUGAAAAGAAUAAAGAUGGUGCCGGUGAUUCUUCAUUCCCAAUCAUUAAAGAUCAAACUCAGUUUUCUGUUGCCCAUGCACGAUACAGCAAGAGUAAUCCAAUAGCCAGAUGGCAUAUAUGCCAGGGUUCGAUUAACAAUAUUUCUUUCUCCGCUGAUGGGGUAUACAUGGCAACUGGUGGACGAGAUGGUUACCUGCGAGUGUUUGAUUAUGCAAAAGAACAACUUAUAUGUGGCGGGAAAAGUUAUUAUGGUGCUUUAUUAUGUUGUGCUUGGAGCAUGGAUGGAAAAUAUAUUUUGACGGGAGGAGAAGAUGAUUUAGUUCAAGUUUGGAGCAUGGAAGAUCGCAAAGUUGUUGCAUGGGGUGAGGGACAUAACUCAUGGGUUAGUGGAGUGGCUUUUGAUUCAUAUUGGUCAUCACCAAAUUCUAAUGACAAUGGAGAGACAAUUAUGUAUCGAUUUGGUUCUGUUGGUCAGGAUACACAAUUGCUUCUAUGGGACCUGGAAAUGGACGAGAUUGUAGUGCCCUUGAGGCGAUAUCCACCCGGUGGAUCACCAACUUUUGGAUCCCCGACGUUUAGUACUGGAAGUCAGUCAUCCCAUUGGGACAAUGUCGUCCCAUUGGGUACCUUACAACCUGCUCCAAGUAUGCGGGAUGUUCCAAAAAUCUCUCCUCUUGUUGCUCACCGUGCGCAUUCUGAGCCACUUUCUAGCUUGAUAUUUACCCAGGAAUCUGUACUUACAUCCUGCCGGGAGGGGCAAAUCAAAAUCUGGGCGAGACCUGGCACUGCCGAGAGCCAGACAAGCAACUCCGAAACCUUGUUAGCUACGAGUCUCAAGGAGAAGCCUCCACUUUCAAGCAAGAUCAGCAAUAUUAGUUACAAACAAUAACUAAACCUUAAUCUAAGGGAGUUUUAAGCAUUUUUUUUCAUGGUUUGUUUAUCUUUUUUAUCCAGUUGGUUUAGUUUUAACAUCUUGAUUUAAGUGGAAGAUGAACCAGCUGGUCUUAUUGUAUAUUCAGUUAUUAACGGAUGAGCAUGCCAUUGAUAGAACUAUGAGGAAGGGGGGGAGAGUUCUCUUCAACCGUCUCCUGUAAUUACAAAACGGCUGUUACUAAUUAGUGAUUACAGGAAUAAUGUGAAAUUGGUCCUUGGUGAUCAGUACUUUUGAAGUGCAUACAUACAAGCCAUUAUUUACCGUUCUUACUUGCA